AUGUCCAGUCCGGCUAAAAAGCGCAAGAGAGAUGGCGAUUCUUCGCCAAAGACCCGCAGUAUUGAAUCGUUCUUCAAGGGACCAGCAGUCAAGCGCAAUCAAGAGAAUGAACCGGAGGUCACUGAACAGACUCUAUCGGACGAAGCUUUAGCUCGAAAGCUUCAGGCGGAGUGGGAUCAAGAAGAAAAUGCCCAGUCUUCCCUCGCAGACGGCGAUCAAGUUGCAACAGCAGCAUCCGAGGUGAACACAGCUCCAGCGGCGGCCCCAAUACCUGCAGAUGCGACCCCAGAGGCCCCGGUGACCCCCAAAAAGAACACUUUAUCAUUGCAAUCUUCAACGGGUACGGAAGACACAGUCGCUCUUGCUGUCCCGUUUGACCAAAGCCCGCAGACAUUCGACGCGACCAAAUACGCCAGGGAGCUGCGAUCCCAUUGGGCCAGCGAAGGCGGCGAUGCUUCCUACGCGUUACUGACGAGGGCAUUCGUCCUCGCUAAUGCCACGACCAGCCGAAUAAAGAUUGUUGAUACGUUGGUGAACUUCAUACGGGUCUUGAUUGAAGGGGAUCCGUCUAGUCUUCUUCCUGCUGUGUGGCUAGCAACAAACUCUAUCUCUCCUCCAUACGACGAGCUAGAGCUUGGGCUGGGAGGCUCAUCUAUCUCCAAAGCCUUGAAGAAAAUAUACGGUCUUGACAGUCAAAGUCUCAAGACCCUCUACGACCGACAUGGGGAUGCAGGCGAUGUUGCAUUCGAGGCUAAGAAGCGACAGACCUUUACUUUAGUCAGGCCUAAGCCGCUCAAGAUCAAAGGGGUGUACGAAUCUCUUCUCAAGGUUGCUAAAAGCAAGGGUUCUGGCAGUCAAGAAACAAAACAACGAAUCGUUGAAAAGUUACUGCAAGAUACUCGAGGCGCCGAAGAGAGCCGAUAUAUUGUGCGCACUUUGGUGCAGAAUCUACGAAUUGGCGCUGUCAAAACAACAAUGUUGAUUGCUCUUGCGCGUGCAUUCCUCUACUCCAAACCAGACGGUGCUGAAUUCACGGUUCGGCCACAGCACGAACUGGCCAGUAUGAAAAAGGACCAGCUGGCAGAAACCUACUCCAAUGCAGAAGAGAUUGUCAAGGCAUCCUAUGCCAGACACCCGAACUAUAAUGAUCUUGUGCCAUGUCUUCUCGAGAUUGGCGUGACAGAAGAGCUUCUGAUCCGAUGUGGCUUGACGCUACACAUCCCGCUCAGACCAAUGCUUGGCAGCAUCACAAGAGACCUCUCGGACAUGUUGACGAAGCUUCAAGGAAGAGACUUCAGCUGUGAAUACAAGUAUGACGGACAGCGGGCUCAGGUACAUUGUGAUGAACAAGGAAAGGUGUCCAUCUUCUCGCGCCAUCUCGAGCUCAUGACGGAGAAGUAUCCAGAUCUCGUAUCGUUGGUACCUCAAAUUCGAGGAGAAAGCGUAUCCAGCUUUAUUCUAGAGGGAGAAGUCGUCGCAGUGGAUCGCGAGACUGGUGAUCUACAGCCGUUCCAGACCCUUACCAACCGCGCAAAGAAGAAUGUCGAGAUUGGAGCCAUCACCGUCAACGUAUGUCUUUUCGCGUUUGACUUGAUGUAUCUUAACGGCGAGCCUCUAAUGGAUCGACCAUUCCGCGAGCGACGAGAGCUCCUUCACAGUCUAUUUGUCGAGGUUACCAACAGAUUCACAUGGGUCAAAAGUCUGGAUGCGACAUCUGCAAAUUCCGAGACCGUGCUGGAAUUCUUCAAGGGCGCCACAGAUGCCAAGUGCGAGGGUAUCAUGGUCAAGGUCCUCGACAACACGAUCACAGCCAACGCGAACGCCAACCAAGCAGAAGAAUCAGCUCCAAUCACCAACAAUAUAGAAAUCGCCGAAGACCCCGUCCCAACAGACCCAUCUAAACCAUCGAAAGAAAAAGGCACCCGACGCAAAGCCCUCCUGUCAACCUACGAACCCGACAAGCGCCUCGAAUCAUGGCUUAAAGUAAAGAAAGACUAUAGCACAUCCUCCGAGACACUCGACCUGAUCCCCAUAGCCGGAUGGCACGGCCAAGGCCGCAAAGCAAAAUGGUGGUCCCCGAUCCUACUCGCAGUGCGCAAUCCCGAAUCUGGGGCCCUCGAAGCCGUAACGAAAUGUAUGUCGGGCUUCACGGACAAAUUCUACCAAGCCAACAAAGACAAAUACGCCGAAGGCAGCCCCAACGUAAUCUCACGGCCUGCCUAUGUCGAAUAUUACGGCGCGCCGGAUGUGUGGUUCGAGCCGCAGGAGGUGUGGGAAAUGGCGUUUGCGGAUAUCACGCUCAGUCCGACGUAUACGGCUGCUAUUGGGUUAGUUAGUGAGGAGCGCGGGCUGAGUUUGCGAUUUCCAAGGUUUUUGAAGGCAAGGGAGGAUAAGGGGAUUGAUGAGGCCACGAGUCGUGACUAUCUUGCGUUGCUAUGGAGGAAGCAGGCGGAGAAGGCAAGGGUUGAAGGGGGUCAGCAGGAGGAGCUUGGGUGGCAAGAUGAUUGA